CGGUGUACGACAUGGAUUCCGCCCUCGCUCAUUCGUUCCCGGGCUACUCACAGCCCGAGCGUCACUUAAGUCACAUACUGCAGUUCCAUCCGCAUCUACAGCUAGUCGACGACUCGAACCGUUUUCCUUCCAAUUCUUCGUCAUCGGUUUCCCUGACAUCCAUGUUUCCCAUGCCCGGUGGUUCUUGUAAUAAUAAUUUUCAAUAUUCUCACCCUCUGCCACCGCCACCACCACCAUUGUCGUUAUCCAGGAGAGGCUCGGAUUGUAGCGUUUUGAGCAAUGCUUCGUCCGAUGGGGAUGGGGGAGUUCUAAUGAUGGUCGAAUCGAGGAGCCGACUCACCCGCGAACAGAUUCAAUUGCUCGAGCGUCAGUUUUCUGACUCCCCCAAGCCCAACACUAAGAUCCGCAGGGUUUUGGCUGACAAAACUGGAUUGUCGGUGCAACGCGUCGGGAAUUGGUUUCAGAACAGACGAGCCAAAGCGAAGCAACAAAAGCGACAGGAGGAAAUGCAAACAAGGCAGAUACUCGCAUCGGCCGGCCGACGGCGAGCAACAGAGCCUUCUUCACCCGUUUCCUCGAGUCCUUUGCUACCAACAGGCGCCACCACCACCGCUAGUAGUGGUACAGUAUUUCCAGUAGACAGCAUGAUGAUUGCUCCAAAGCCCCCGCGUCGGGCAAAGUCGUUCGCGGACAUUCCUUCGACGCCCACUCGUUUCGCCAAGAAACACGGGGAGGGCGUCUCUCCCUACUCUUCGCCUUCCGAAGCUAGUUAUGCUUCGUUGGCACGAUCGCUCGCUGUUGCUGCAGCCGCGGCAGCGCAUGCAGAUUCAGUUGGGGGAUUCCAGGUGAAUUCCCAUGAGAUUCCUAAUCGAUCUCAACCACAAUCCCAGCUUCCGGGAUAUAUGCAUCCAUUCACUCUAGGUGGGGCAGAGAGUCCAUGGCCGAUAUCCCGAUUCUCGGACUAUGGCUCCAGCACGGCUUCCUCGGUGAUAUACACUCCGACGCCAGCAGGUCAGUUGGAGGAUCCGUUCGAGUAUGAUCAGAUAUCUCCAGACUCUGAUCACCACUAUGAGGGUGGCGAUUCACAAUCGGGUAAUACUCCGGCCGAACCGGCGGGUUACUUUGAUUAUCAUUACCCACAGGAAGACUUUUCCGCAUUUGCUGCGGCUAUUGACGUUACGUCUACACAGAGGACUUUUGUCCUACCCGCCAUGCCACCGACACGCUUUCUGCGGUCUCCAAGGGCUGGGGAUGGCCAGGGAUCCCAACCUCAGCCUCAGCCUCACCGUGAUAACCAUUACUACAACCUUGACCAGCAGCAGCAGCGGGAAGAGGUGUCAGAGAGAGACUUUAUCCGCCGUGACUCCUGCCCCGGCGAAUUCUUGGACGCAUUUAGUUCUAUAGACCUCCCUGAACAGGCCCAGAACGAACUCCCCAGAACCGAAGAUGAGCUCACCCCCGAAGCAGAGCCAUCCCACCAACAAUCCCUCGCGAACCGCCGCAAGGCACCAACUCCAACGCCCCUCGGCACUGCCAGCCUGCGAAACUCCUUCCUCCCACAACCCACCGCACCACCACACUCCUCAACUCUCCCCUCCUCCAACCUCUCCCUCCCAGCAACCUCCAUGCGCCGCAUAAAAUCGACUUCCUCCACAAUUACUAAUACCGCCACGCUCUCUAGAUUCUCCCCACCAAGCUCACCCCCCAUCACAGCCGUACAGGCUAAAUCCUUCAAUGGACUACUCUUGGACGGUCUGGACUGGGACAUGGAGGAGGUCGACUCUACGGCAACCAUUCGCCCGCGCACCGCCGGCUCAGGCACCACAACCGGAAAGGCCUUUUCCCUAGCAACCCUUUUUAAAGUGGAAGCCCCGCCGACACCGGUUUCUCCCGCCGACGCUAGCGCAGCUAGUUCAUCUUCAUCUUCCCCUCCCACCACCACCAAUAACGAAGCGGAUGCGGAAAUGUCACCGCCAGCUACACCAGCAAAUCAGCAAUGCACCAGUACCGGCAACAACACCACUGGAAUCACCCCCGAGGCCAAUUUCGAAACGGCGCAGUACAGGAUUUGCACCGCCCCACGGUCGCAGUCGUCUAGCGUGCCUAGGAUGGGCAGGGAGGAGUUUUACAAUGGUGAUACUGGCGGCAUGAUCGGAUUUGUGGGAUUUAGUGGUGGUGGGGGGGAGGAGUUUGAUGCCUUUGCUACUGCGGAAGUCGGUGGUGGGAAGGAGGAGGAGGCAUUCCCGUUUGAAAGGUAUUUGGCUAUUGCUAGGAAUGGGAGUGGGGAGGGGGUUUUCUAGUAGUUACUUUCCUCCUCCUGUCUUUGGGUUUGAUUUACUAUUGAGUGUCUGAUUUGGUAUUGCUACUAUUUCCUUUUUACUCUUGUGUGGGUUUUCGUUUUUUCUCUUUUCUUUAUUCGGUUGGGCGGCGGAGUUUUUUUUCAGUUUCUUGCCAUAGUCUACAUAGUCCUUUUUAGUUUCCAGUUUUGUCAUACUUUCUUUGACUCUAUUCCGUUCCUACCUACUACCUACUUUAGUUGACUACAUUCUGCCCCUUACUACCCUUUCUGUGAUUUUCUGCAAUUCCUCGUUUUUCUUCAAGAAGCAAAGGUGGAAGAAAAGGCGCACGAAAUAACCAUAUAUCGCAACUUAUUCCAUAUUCUUUUCUUUA